AUGAGCGACCAACAAAAGGGAUUGAUCCCUACCUUUGAUGAGUUGCUGUCUGGCAUAGACCACAGGUUUUGUGUCAGACACUUAUAUAACAAUUUCAGAAAAAGGUUCCCAGGUGUUCAGCUAAAGAUGAUGAUGUGGAAGGCUGCAAAGGCAAUAUAUGUCCAGGAGUGGAAGAGAAGGAUGAAGGAGAUUCAGCUGAUUGAUCAAGGAGCUUAUAAUCAUCUCAUGGAGAUCCCUGCCAAGUAUUGGAGCAAGUCCAGGUUUAAUUAUUUUCUUAGAGUUGAUACACUUGUAAACAACAUGUGUGAGUGUUUUAACUCUGUUAUUGUAGAGGCUAGAGAGAAACCCAUUGUGUCUACGUUAGAAGAUAUUAAGAUUUAUCUAAUGAAUAGGUGGGCUGACAACAUACAAAGUAUAGUUACAUAUGCUGGAGAAAUUUUGCCAAAAAUAAACAAGAAAAUUGAAAGAGAGUUUGAUAAGGGUGGAGAAUGGUUGGCCAUAUAUGCGGGUAGGGACAAGUAUGAGGUGUCUAGCAGUCAGGGUAAUAAAGACAAAUUUGUUGUGGACUUAAACUUACAUGAGUGCUCCUGUAGAAAGUUUCAACUAACAGGUUACCCUUGUGAGCAUGCCAUGAGUUACAUUAGGAAAAUGUGUUUGGAUGUUAAGAACUAUGUGAACAAGUACUAUAGGAAAGAGACAUACGUGGACUACUAUCAACAUGUAAUCUACCCAGAGAAUGAUGAUGUGCUGCCACCAGUGUUUAGGAAACUAAUAGGGCGCCCAAAACUAAGCAGGAACAAAACUGGUGAUGAGCCACGCAACAAUGGACCACUGGCUAAAUUAUCCAGGACUGGACAAUAA